AAAAAAAAAAGAUGACACAAUGUGUUCAUUUGAUUCUUUUACUUUUGUGUCUCAGAUUAAUGUGUCCACUUGUAACUGGAAUUUUUAUGGACAAGCUUGCCAGCAAGAAGCUCUGUGCUGAUGACAACUGUGUCUACACCAUUUCUCUAGUGAGAGCAGAAGAGGAUUAUGAUGCCCCAGACUGCAGAUUCAUUAAUGUUAAAAAAGGGCAGUUGAUUUAUGUUUACUCAAAACUAGUGAAAGAAAAAAGCUCUGGAGAAUUCUGGGCUGGAAGUGUUUAUGGAGAACAGUAUGAAGACCAUAUGGGGACAGUUGGUUAUUUCCCUAGAAGUUUAGUCUCAGAACAACAUGUCUAUCAAGAAGCAAAUAAGACUAUUCCUACAACGGACAUUGAUUUCUUCUGUGAGUAGCAUUGAAAGCGAUCUGGUAAUCUCUCAGCUGCUACCAAUGAAAGCUGACAGGAGAAAACCUGGACACCUUCCCUGAGAGAAGGAAGAGCCCUUCCUCUAAUAGGUGUUUGUAAAACAAGUAGUCCUUCAAAACAAAGAAUAUUUUUGUUUAAAGGUAGUGAUUUGGAAUGGAGAAAUAGUC